AUGGCCCGGUUCGGCAUCAAGAACAAGGAGGCGACUGCCGCUGUAAUAGCGCAAGAGGCUCAUCUUCCGCCCACUGAAGGAGUAAAGGACGAUUCGUCGGAAGGCGUACCGCGUAGUGCUUCCCUCACCUCUGAGAAAGCAAACGAGCUCGAGAAGAAUGUCAGCAAUGGAGACGAUGCCUACGACGCAUCUGCACCUGCCUACCCAGGCAAAGCAAGACUGUCACUUAUCAUGCUUGGCGUCACCCUCUUUGUGUUUCUUGUCGCACUAGAUCAGGUCAUCAUUAGCACGGCAAUCCCAAAGAUCACGGAUGAUUUCCAUUCCUUCAGCGACAUUGGCUGGUACGGGAGCGCAUAUCUCUUGACCUCAACUGCACUCCAACCGCUCUUCGGCCGACUAUACGCGUCCUUCCCGAUCAAGACUAUCAUUUUACUCUCCUUGGGUAUCUUCGAGCUCGGCUCCCUUAUUUGUGCGGUCGCGCAAGACUCGAAGACAUUCAUCGUAGGCAGAGCGAUAGCUGGCAGCGGAAUGGCUGGAGGUUGCUUGAUCAUCAUCUCACUGAUCGCACCACUCGAGACGCGACCUCUUCUCACCUCGCUUGUCGGAGCGGUCUACGGCAUCGGAGCGAGUAUAGGUCCCCUGCUUGGCGGCGUCUUCACUUCCAAAGCUACUUGGAGGUGGUGCUUCUUCGUAAAUUUGCCGAUCGGUGGCAUCACCGCAGCUGUCAUUCUCUUCUUCCUCAGCGUGCCCAAACGUCCACAUGAAUUCUCUGCAAUUCAGCGCCUCAAGCGAAUCGAUUGGCAAGGCACCGUAUUGGCCCUUGCAUCAAUUGUAUGUCUCCUGCUGGUCUGUCAAAAUGGUGGCGUCAAACAAGGAUGGUCAUGGGGCUCUUCUCGCACUGUCGGCUUGAUCGUCGGAUGUGUCGCCAUCGCUGCCGUCUUCGCGGUCGAUCAGGUCUGGAUGGGAGAACGCGCCACCUUGGUGCCACGGAUCUGCAAGCAGCGCACCAUCGCAUUCGGAUCCGUCGUCAACUUCUGCAUAGGCGCAUCUUACUUCUCGCUCUUAUACUUCUUGCCGCUGUAUUUCCAAGCCGUCAGAGGUUCAUCGGCCAUUAGAUCAGGUGUCCAGAAUCUGCCCUUCAUCAUCGCGGUCAUUCUAGCCGUGACUGUGUCAGGCGGGUUGACGAAUAAGUACGGGUGGUAUAUGCCGUGGAUAUUCGGAGGCACGGCCAUGCUUGCUAUCGGCGCCGGAACGCUGUACACCUUCACGCCGACGACUUCGACUGCUCAAUGGGCUGGUCUUCAGUUUCUAGCCGGUCUCGGACCCGGCGUGGCUUUCAUGCAGCCGUUCCUCGCAUCGCAGUGCGUACUGGAGCUCCGAGAUCUCGAAUUGGGAUCUGCUAUCGUCAUCUUCAGUCAGACGUUGGGUGGCGCUGUUUUUGUCAGUGUCGCUCAAGCAAUCUUCCAGAACAGAUUCGUCGUCGGCCUCAGAGACGUACCUGGCGUGAACGUCGACAGCGUGCUGGCAGUAGGUGUCAGCGCGUUCCGUGAAGUGGUGCCUGCCGAGCUGCUGCCACCCGUCAUCCUGAAGCUGCAGGCGGCACUGAACGACACUUGGCUCAUCUCUGUAGCACUAGCCGGUGUAGCCUUCUUCGCGGCUUUCGGCAUGGAGCGUGGUCACUCGGUACUAGAUGCUCAGAAGGCUAUGAUGGCAGCAUUGGCGCAGCCACAGAAAGAGCAAACUACAAAGACAGAAGAUUAGGGCAGCGCGGGCACAGUGUAUUGAACAGCAGAUAUCGAGGUGUGCUUAUGGAUUGCAUUGCCCUAUUCGUCGAUAGUCAUGACGUGAGGACACUCUAAAUGAGACUCAUUCGUCGACAGUCGCCAUAUGAGGACACUCCGAGUGUGAGUGCGUGCCGGUGCUAGCUGAUUCAAUGCUCUCUGAGCGCUGAGGUGGCAAUACCGAGCGCGCUAUGAGGCCUUGGCUAUGCGACGCGCUGACUUUGCGCUCUGCCAGGGAAGCACGCAGUGCCCGCGCGAAUGCUCGCAAGAGGGGCUCUCGAGCCUGCUACGAGACUCGCAACACAUCCAUGGCAGUGAGUUAAAAGUGCUCGAAUCCUGCUGCGGCUGAUGUCGCAAUCAGGUCUGUCCAACAGGCUGUAUGUACAGACGAUGCUGAG